CUAAUGCGUUGUGCCUGCUGUGGCCUGAGAGAAAUUCAGACGACUCAUUUGUUCACAUGUUCACUGUCGCAACACAGCUCUUAUCCGCGGCCAGGCUUGGAUUCAAUUGUGUUUAAUAUAUGCACCAUGGAACAACCAGAUUUAAAUUACUUGAAGAUGGUUAUACGGAGUGUUUUAACAAGCUCUCCGGGUAAAGUGACAAUAUCGCAAAUAUCAACUGACUACUCUGAUUUUGAAGGUUGUAAUUUAUCAUUUGAGCAUUUGGGAUUCAAGACUAUUUAUGAGUUACUAGAAAUAUGUCUGAUGUUCUUAGAGUAA